AUGCUAAGGAAAGCAGACAGCAGAUUUGCGAGCCAAGAUCGCAGCAUUGGAGGCAAAGUCGAGAAACUGCCGCCUCCAUGGGGGAAGAGGACAAUCACAAACGACAGCCUCCGGGCCCUGGUUGGCAUGAUUUCCAUUGUCCAGCUUGUUGUUUCGCGAAGGAUGCCCCUCGCCCAGGGAGUUCGCUCCUUCGACCCGGAGAAAGACACGGAAAGAGAGAGGAGCCACAGUGCCAGCAGCAUCAGCACCAGCAUCAGUGUUGUCGAUGCGGCCGUCUCGACCGGCUGGGCGUCGACUCAAUCGGCGGACAAAAUCGAAGGCCAACCUCGGGAGCAGCUGAAACCGGCCUUUGAGUUGGCAUGGUGCACUGAUGUCAGCCUGGACCGGCGUUUGCAUCGGAGAAAAGACGAGGAUUCUGCAUCGUUUCUUGGCUUGCAACAGAGACAGGAUGCUGAGCGCUCCCAGAAUGCAUUGAUCUCCAGAGUGGAGCAGCUGUCCAGCGGCAAGCUGCAAGCAGAGCAGCAGAUGAGAGAGGCGCAGUCAGAGAUGCAUUGGCUGCGCGGUGAACUUGCUCGAUGUCACCGGCAUGCUCGCAGCGAGGUGCAAUCACUGCAGGGGCCACUUGAUGAAGGUCAUCAUCUUGACAACGGUACACCGGAUGUGGAGCAGCCAUCACUGCGCCAUGCCUCAUGGUCACCUCCAAAGCAACCUGCUUCGUCACCACCGAGUCCCGCGCGACAUCGUGCUCGAGCGAGUCCAGCUCACAGUGUGGACGUGCAUUGUUCUCCCCCAAAUGGCUCCGGCAUGUCGCGCAGCUCGAGUUACAAGGGCUCGUCGUAUGAGCCAGCGCCGCACACAGACGAGGUAGACGAGAUGUGGCGCACCGUGCUGCAGCGCUUCCCCCAACAUCCUCAGUGGUGCCUCGUUAAGGAAAAGCGCUGCGUUUAUCGCAUGGGCAGUCAAACGGGCAAGAAGAUCGUUUGCCGGGUCACGCAUGGUGGGCUGCAGGUACGUGUGGGUGGCGGCUGGAUGGCUGCAUUUCCUUUCCUGGAGAGGUACGGCCCUCUGAACAUGGGACAGAAGGGUGAAGACAUGCAGUACAACUGCACUAGCGUGGAUCUGCCCCCAUCCAUGGAACGACUUCUGGUCCCAACGAAGAGCUGGGCACAGAGGAUUGGCAUCAGCAAGACGCCAGAUCUCAGGGAGCAGCGCAGAUUGCAGGUAGAUGAGGAGGACGCUUCCGAGGCCGGGAGACCUCGGUCCAUGUCGAAGCGGGCUUGGAGUGCUACGGCGCCCGCAGAGCGCUUAGCUUCGAUCCCUCAGGGUCUCCCGGCUCUCGACGGCGACGGCCUUGCGCAGGCACUCCAGCCUCUGCCAUGGCCUGGUCACACGAGGUCCAGGCAGACUGAGGAGUGUCGAAAGCUCUGA